AAGCAAUCCUGGGCUGACUGGUAUUCCCGUCUUGCCCCCUCUACCGAAACCGAGCACCCACCACUAUGAACCAUCGUCGCUAUACAAGGUGGUGCUGCUCAACAGUGAGUUUCCACCGAUCAUGAGUGAGGCAGCAUGGACGCUUGCCGUGCCGUGGAAGGAACAACGCUACCACCGCAUGCCCAGCGAUUCCAUAGCGAACAACUACACUCCCACUGCGAACAACCUGAACAUGAGGAACCUUUACAACAAUCAGAGAAGAUCACGCGCUAAUGCACGCGAUACUGGUGACUACAAGCAAAAGAAAGCUCUCUCGCCAAUAAGACCAGCUAAGAAGAAGAGGAUGGAUAGUAAUAAUAGGGACUGGCAGGCUUGUAGUGCUAGCCGGCCUGCUUCUCCCUUAGAGCAGAUAGAGAUAAUGGAACAUCAUGAGCUGCAGGAGUCUAGGAGUGAGCAGGAGCCAAGCAGCAGUGACCUUGAGGCAAGUUGAAUGCCACGUCUCUUGAUAUAUUACUGCACGUAAUGUCUGGAUAAACACCUGGACAAACAAUGAAUAGAUUUCUCUGCAAAUAUUGAUCGUUCUGCCAAGUUUUACCGACGAAGGUUUCGAUUAUUACAGAGGUACAAAUAUUACAUUGAAAAUGGCAUCAAGGGAGCGAUGUUAGCUGUACCGCCUAGCGAUCAAAUGAAGAAUGUGGAGCGAAGAAUUUGUGUGGCUCUGGGUAUGGGAGCGAAGCAUAAGAAGAAACUACUCGAAGAGUUGAAUACUGAAGUGGAAAACAACUACAGAUUCAGUCUUCAGCAAGCAAUCGUGGAUUACAUAUUGAAAGAUCCACACGAAAGGGUUAGGUUGAAAGUGUAUGCAUCACCAAGAACCUUUCCAUUAAGGCUUGUAAGGGCACCGGUACCAUGGCGUGACGCAUUCAGCAAUGCUAAGCAAUGUCUGAGUCAGCACCUGUUCAUUACGAAUCCUGUGAUGCAGAGACUGCACAAUCUCUACCAGGACAGGUACGCCGACGUGAGAUUCGUGUCGUAUCGACAGAUGAGAGAGGAAGCCUUGCCUCUGAGCCCGUCCGACUUUGAGCAGGUGGUCAGAAGGCAGUGCAAGUGCGUGAGAGAGGUCCUCGUAAACAGGGUGCGAAAUUAG